GGGGCAUGGAGGGGUCUGCAAGUGGAACCUGAAAGCUGUUGGGUGCUGUGAGCCCAGUCCCCACCAAACCUGCCCUUCGCAUCCAUACUUACCCCCUCUCCUCACCCCCCAAAUUCAACUAUCCCCAUCAAGGGAGCAUGGCUUCUUCAUGAGGCUGAAGGCAGCACAGCCCUGGGCAGGGUGGCAUUUCCAGGACAAUGCUGCAGUUUGGCUCCUAACGGCCCAAAUUUGUCCAUUUCUGGGCAUUUUGGAGCUUGCACCACCAUCCUCUGACAGAGCCCAGUAGGCACGGGGCCAGGCCUGGCUCUGUUGCACUCAGCGAGGGGAAUUCCCUUCCCCUUGCCUUUAUGGGACUGGCAGGAGGAGAUCUAGCCCCAGGGUGGUGCUUCCAUUGCCAGCUCAGCUUCCCCAGACGGCCCCAUGCCCCCAACUCGCCCAGCUCAGGCUGGGUGCAGCCAUCAGUUUCUGCUUGCCUUUGUGUGCCAGGUCAGCACAACCCUCCUUGUGCUUUGCUAAUGGCCUUUCCCAUCCCCACAGUGCCAGAGGCCAUGGCCAAGGGCAGGAAACUCUCACUUCCCAGCACUGGGAGGGUCCGUUGUGCUGGGAAUCCCCCCCCUCCACCUCCUCCUCUUUGCGCUCCCUCGGGGCCUCCUGAACUCUGUCCUCAGCUUCAGUGUUUCGCAUGGGCCAAGCAAGAGCCAAAUGCCCAUCCUGAACCCACAGCAAUUAGUGCGAGGAUGAGGGAAACGAUGAACCAGCUUUGCUUGUCACACCUCAAUGGCCAAGAGCCACCCCAGCUACCUCCUGGCCCCCUACGGUCCCCUUACCCAAGCUCCCAUCCUCUCCAUCCCCUCCUAUGGUGGAACCUGUUCCAGCUCCCAUAGGGGAUGCUCCUUUUGCUCCCCUAGCCAGGCCCCAGCCCUGCACAGGCUCAAACACACACAGUGGGAGCACAGGGGCUGUCGAGUGCCCCACAAAGUAUAUCUCCACCCUUGGCCUUCCUCCCCCAUCCUCACCCUCUCCCAGCCCUCCCCUAUGGCCCCACCACUGAUUACCCGGAGCUUUGAGGCUAAUGCCCAACACCUGACCAGCUUAUUCUUCUGAGUCUAUUAUCAGCUUAGGGACCAAAGACAUCUGCUCCCUGCUACCGGCUGGGAGAUCUGAAGGAGUCUUCAAACAGAACAGUGCAGACACAGAGGACGGUGGCUCGAUGGGUUUCUGAAUACUUCCAGCACUGAGAGGGGCAGCCCCUCAUCCACACAGGGCAGAAUGGCUCAGGAUAUGACAGAGAAGGAACUGCUGAAAAUGGAACUGGAUCAGCUGAAGAAGGAGGUAAAGAACGAGAGGCAAAUGGUCUCCAAGACCGGCAAAGAGCUCAAGGAGUACAUUGAAUCCAUGGCAGGAGAGGAUCCACUGCUGAAAGGUGUCCCUGAGGACAAGAACCCCUUUAAGGAGAAGGGCGGCUGUACGAUAAGCUGA